UACCGUUGUUACAGUCAGGGACGAUUGUUACAGUCAGGGAUGGUUGUUACAGUCAGGGACGAUUGUUACAGUCAGGGAUGGUUGUUACAGUCAGGGACGGUUGUCACAGUUGGGGAUGGUUGUCACAGUCAGGGACGGUUGUCACAGUCGGGUACCGUUGUCACAGUCGGGGAUGGUUGUCACAGUCGGGGAUGGUUGUUACAGUCAGGGGCGGUUGUCACAGUCAGGGACGGUUGUCACAGUCGGGUACCGUUGUUACAGUGGGGGAUGGUUGUUACAGUCAGGGAUGGUUGUUACAGUCAGGGACGGUUGUCACAGUCAGGUACCGUUGUCACAGUCGGGGAUGGUUGUUACAGUCAGGGACGGUUGUCACAGUCAGGGACGGUUGUCACAGUCAGGUACCGUUGUCACAGUCAGGUACCAUUGUUACAGUCGGGGAUGGUUGUCACAGUCAGGGAUGGUUGUCACAGUCAGGGACGGUUGUCACAGUCAGGAAUGGUCACAGUCGGGGAUGGUUGUUACAGUCGGGGAUGGUUGUCACAGUCGGGGAUGGUUGUUACAGUCAGGGAUGGUUGUUACAGUCAGGGACGGUUGUUACAGUCAGGGACGGUUGUCACAGUCAGGGACGGCUGUCACAGUCAGGUACCGUUGUUACAGUCGGGGAUGGUUGUCACAGUCAGGGACGGCUGUCACAGUCAGGUACCGUUGUUACAGUCAGGGACGGCUGUCACAGUCAGGUACCGUUGUUACAGUCGGGGAUGGUUGUCACAGUCAGGGAUGGUUGUCACAGUCAGGGACGGUUGUCACAGUCAGGUACCGUUGUCACAGUCAGGGAUGGUUGUCACAGUCAAGGGCUGCGUUUCCCAGUUCAGAGCGAUCUUAGGACUUACAGCACAGUUAAGAAUGUCUUUGGUAAGAAGGGUCGCUAAGAUACGAGUGUUUUCCAGAUGCCUUCUUAAUGCCCUUCUUAGGAUCGCUCUUAACAGGAGCUGACCACUACCACGGUGCUGAAACUAAAUCAAUCGAUGUCAGGCACAUCGAUCACCCACCACUUCAUCAGCGCAUAAGUCACACAAAGCGCUGCUACCUAACGCACUAAUUCCCUGCUAGAUGUCCUGGGGGACGAGGGCCUCUGGUCCCACAGUGACACGGGUGAGGAUGAGCCAUCUGGGAGGGGGGCCAGAGCAGCUCAACCAACCUCCCUGCCCCUCAGCAUCAGCCUGCCCGACAAAGACGUCCUCUGCACUCUCUCAAGCUCAAGGCCUGUCCCCGUGCGCCAAACCCCACCAGCAAGGCCAGGCGUCCACAUGUGGGGUGGCCUCACGUGACGGCCCUCUAUUAUCACCUGCACCUGCAGCGAGACACUCGUGGGUGUAAUGUGCGCCUCAAGCAUGACGCACAUGCCUCUUCCAGCCUGAUGUGCACAACACAUACAAGAACACACGUGUUAUUCCUCAUACUUAUUUUUCUUCCGCCAGAUUUCGGUGCGUAACUUGUGCCACAGCUCUGAGUGCACACAGGGUCUUC